AUGGCUCGCUGUGACCGCGGCGUUCAGACUCUCCUCACGGCUCUGGGCGCGUUCGCUGCCUUCAGUCUCAUGACGGUGGCCAUCGGAACGGACUACUGGCUCUACUCGCGCGCGCACGUGUGUAACGCCACCAACAGCAGCGCGGAUGAAGCGGAAAACCUCCUGCAGCCCAAAAAGACCAAAGGGGACUUGACCCACUCUGGCCUCUGGAGGAUCUGCUGUAUUGAAGGAAUCAACAAAGGAAGCUGUUACCGGAUCAAUCACUUCCCUGAGGAUAAUGACUAUGAUACAGACAGCUCUGAGUACAUCCUGCGGAUUGUGCGAGCAUCCAGCCUUUUUCCCAUCCUGAGCACUAUCCUGCUGCUGCUGGGAGGAGUGUGUGUGGCUGUAGGACGAGUUUAUAGCGGCAGGAACAACAUCCUCCUUAGUGCUGGCAUCUUGUUUGUGGCUGCAGGUCUGAGCAAUAUCAUAGGUAUCAUCGUGUACAUCUCGAGCAACACCGGUGAUCCCAGUGACAAGAAAGGUGAAGACAAGAAGAACCAGUACAGCUAUGGUUGGUCCUUCUACUCUGGCGCGUUGUCAUUCAUUGUAGCCGAAGCCAUCGGCGUGCUCGCUGUCAACAUCUACAUUGAAAGAAACAAGGAGGUGCAUGUCAAGCGGCGCAACUUCCUGAAACCCAGUGCAUCCUCCUCCUCACCAUACAUGCGAAUCCCAAGCUACCGGCAGCGCAGGCGACGCUCUCGCUCCAGCUCGCAUUCCACUGAGCCAUCUCGAGACAACUCACCAGUUGGACGUAAGAUGGCGGCAUCCGCGCUGCCUCUAGGUGAGAUCUCCAUGUACACUCUAGGUCGAGAGCACCCACUAAGGUCAGGAGGUGCACUUGGGCCCUACCCAGAACCACCCAACUUUUUGCAAGUUCACAACUGCUUCCCCAAGAGCACAAAAGACGGCAUUAACCGCAGGACCACGCCCGUUUAA